AAGAUUCAAUUCCGUCAAAAGAUGCCUGGACUCAACGAGCAAAACAACGAGAGCUACAGUUACCUGAGGAGUGUCGGAAACGACUGGCAGUACAACGUUGAGGACGUUCACCCAAAGAUGCUCCAACGACUCUACAAGAGAUUCGACACAUUCGACCUCGACAGUGACGGCAAGAUGAUGAUGGAAGAGAUCCUCUACUGGCCCGACAGGAUGAGGCAGUUGGUCAACGCUACUGACGAACAGGUCGAGAAUAUGAGAGAGGCUGUCCACAUUUUCUUCCUCAACAAAGGAGUACAUCCAGAGACCGGCCUGACUCGAGAGGACUGGGUAGAGGCCAACAGGGUCUUCGCUGAGGCCGAGAGAGAAAGGGGACGACGUGGUGAACCCUCCAUGAUUGCCCUACUCUCCAACGCCUACUACGAUGUCCUGGAUGAUGACGGUGAUGGUACCGUCGAUAUUGCAGAGCUUAAGACCAUGAUGAAAGCCUUUGAUGUGCCCCAAGAGGCUGCUUAUACCUUCUUCGAGAAGGCUGACACUGACAAGAGUGGACGACUGGAACGAUCAGAGCUGGUGCAUCUUUUCAGAAAGUUCUGGAUGGAGCCCUACGAUCCCCAGUGGGAUGGUGUUUACGGAUACAAAUACUGAACAAUUACCCCAACUUCAACUUUAUUUCUCAUUCAGAGUACAAUACAUGUUACUUCCGAUCAAACGACAUGGUCAUCUGACGACCGGUCGUACUUGCACACUACCCCAUUUUUCAUUACCCUUUUUGUUGCCCAAUUUAUUGAUUUUAUGAUAUUUUACUUUUGAUGCCUUAUUUCUGAUGUCUCAUUGAUCUCUUCGGUUCAUCUUUGUGCCGCUUCCCUAUUCCUCAAUAUCAUUGAUACCUUAUUUGUGAUGCCAAAUUCCUACUCAUAUUAUAUACCAUUUGAUUCAAGAUAUGAAAAGCACCACUUGCAGUUUUU